AUGGCGUCCGUGGCGGAACUUACGGUGGAUCCCAUCGAGUUCGAAAAGGAAGUCAAACGCAGAGACAUACUCGCGGAAGCGACCAGGCAUUUGUAUUUCAUCGCUGCCCGCAGGAUACAGGUUAAUGACUCUUGUUCGAAGAUAAUAUCUAUGAGCUUCCGUAAAAAAGGAUAUCGUUCUUCCGACGUUACAACGUUUGAAUUGGAUUUCGACUCGGCAGUGCAGGCCUGGAUCCGCGGCAUCCUCAGCCGAAAACAUUUCCGAUUGCUGCAUCAGAGCGCAGUCAGCAUUCAACGUUAUUGGCGUGGCUAUCGUACCAGGAUCAUCGUCGAUCGAUAUCUGGUGCAUCGUGUCCAUCAAAUGUGGCAAGAUUACUAUAACGAGAUGGCCACGAGGAUCCAAGCGUUCUGGCGUGGUUAUUGGAUCAGGAAAACCGUUCUUGACAUAGAGAAAAUGCGACGAUGGUUGAACGAAGUCUAUGCGAAGAACGAGGAAACCGUGAAGAACAUGAAGAGGUUCAAACAGGAAGAGAUAGAAUGCGUGCAGACGAUAAUCGAACAAGAGUCCAUGCAGUGGAUACUGUUCAUCCUCUUCAAGUUACAUCAUUUGCUGAGAACGAAGCAACGACCAGGUGUGUUCACCAGAAUCGACAACACACGGUUCACUUUGAUCGAGGAGAUGCUGAAAUGCUUGGAAUAUAAACGCUACAUGCGCGAUAGGAAGACGAAAUUACAGAGGAAAUGCCAGGAUUGUCAAAUUGAUAGGAAACCAACGUUGAUCUUACGUGGAACGUACUAUGAAAGAUGCGAGAAAGAGAUUCACGAAAUCCGGAAAAAUCUGGAAGCGGGAGCCGUGCCAAUAUAUAGAAGUGAACCAUACGAGGAGCAUGAGAAGAGCAUUCGCAAACUAAAUCAGAUGCGCUUAGUAAGUUCCAUAGACGAAGCGUAUGAAGCAAGUUCCCGACGAAAAAUCGAAAUGAAGAAUGGGAAACAACGGAAGGUAUGUUCUUUGAGAAGAGAAUUCGAGCAACAAGCUUGUUGCAUGAAAGAAGCCGAUCUCUGCGAGAAGAUUAAGAAAAUGGAUUGUCACCUAAACCAACUCCGCUUGAAAUGCCCUAUUCACGAUCCUCCGUGUCAAAAAUGA